AUGUCAUAUUCAAAUAACGGAAACAACGGUGAAUGGAUAGAAAUGAAAGAGUUGUCACAACCACCCACCGAGCCUACACCGCCGCCACGGGAACAUUCAUUCAUACCUACUGCUACCCCGCAUUGUGAGGCGCCGGCGGUGAUAGAGGUGGUAGAGGCGGAGGGCAUGGCGGAAAUGGAGGAGGCUGAGGCUCAGGCGCCGGCUGUGGUAGAGGUGGCGGAUGUGCUGACGCCGGCGUUGGUUGAGGUGCCGGAGGAGGAGGAGGCCGAGGAGGUGGAGGCGCAAGCGCCGGCGGCGGUAGAGAUGGAGGAGGCGCAAGCGGCGGCGGCGGUAGAGAUGGAGGAGGCGCAAGCGACGGCGGCGGUAGAGGUAGCGGAGGCGCAGGUGCCGGCGGCAGAAGAGGUGGCGGAGUUGCAGGCGCCGGUGACGGUAGAGGUGGCGGAAGCGCAUGCGAUGGCAGCGGUUGAGGUGGCGGAGGCGGCGGACGUGGCUGAAAAGAUGGAGGUUGAGGAGGAGCAAGCGCCGGCAGCGGUGGAGCUGGCGGAAGCGCAGGCACCGGCGGCGGUAGAGGUGGCGCAGGCGCAGGCGCCGGCAGCGGUAGUGGUGGCGGAGGCGCAGGCGCCGGCGGCGGUAGUGGUGGCGGAGGCGCAUGCGCCGGCGGCGGUAGAGGUGGCGGAGUUGCAGGCGCCGGCGGAGGUAGAGGUGGCGGAAGCGCAUGCGCUGGCAGCGGUUGAGGUGGAGGAUGCGGAGCACGUGGCUGAGGAUAUGGAGGUUGAGGAGGUGGAGGAGCAAGCGCCGGCAGCGGUGGAGCUGGCGGAAGCGCAGGCACCGGCGGUGGUAGAGGUGGCGCAGGCGCAGGCGCCGGCAGCGGUAGUGGUGGCGGAGGCGCAGGCGCCGGCGGCGGUAGAGGUGGCGGAUUUGCAGGCGCCGGCGGCGGUAGAGGUAGCGGAAGCGCAUACGCUGGCAGCGGUUGAGGUGGCGGCGGCUGAGGAGCUAGCGGAAAAGAUGGAGGUUGAGGAGGAGGCACAAGUGCCGGCAGUGGUGGAGCUGGCGGAAGCGCAGGCACCGGCGGCGGUAGAGGUGGCGCAGGCGCAGGCGCCGGCAGCGGUAGAGGUGGCGGAGUUGCAGGCGCCGGCAGCGGUAGAGGUGGCGGAGUUGCAGGCGCCGGCGGAGGUAGAGGUGGUGGAAGCGCAUGCGCUGGCAGCAGUUGAUAAGGCGGCGGCAGAGGAGCUAGCGGAAAAGAUGGAGGUUGAGGAGGAGAAUCUUGAGAACAGUGACAAAAUGGAGAGCGCACUAAAAGUUUGUUCCUAA